UCUCAAAAAAAGACUGAGUGGCAACCGCGGUUCAAAUACUUUUAUCGAUAAAAAUCGAGAAAUUUCAGCCAACAUUGAAAAAAACCAAAAUUUGAUUUCUAAAUUACACGAAAUCGAAAUGUACUCGAGGAAAAAGAUCAGACAAAAUAUUCCUCCUGUUUCUUGUCGGUGGAAAGAAUGUAAUGAAUUAUUCGAUGACGAUUGGAAAUUGAACGGACAUAUUGAAAAUCAUUUGGAGGAAUUCGAUCAAGAAGGCAGUGAAGUUCUUGAUUGUCAAUGGAAUGAAUGUAGUUUCAAAACCAGUGAUUAUGUUGAAAUCAAGCGGCAUAUUUAUUAUCAUGGGUACUACACUGCGCUUUUAGUAAGAGGAAAAUAUGAAUGUGAACAAAAUCCCACUAUGCCCAAAUGCAGUACACGCGCAAGAGAAUGUGACAAGAUACCUGAAUUAAAAAACGACUUUACAUGUGAGUGGAUGGAUUGUCAACGCACAUUUGUAUCUAUAGUUGAGUUUCAAGAUCACAUUAUUCAGCAUGCAUCAUUUGAAUACGAAAUUCAGAAGUCGCCAAAUGAUACCAGGCCCAAGGUGCAAUGUAAGUGGAGUAUAUGCCGAAAGAUACUGGAAAAUAAAUACAGAUUAAUUGAGCAUAUUCUUACUCAUUCUAACAAAAAGUUUGUGGCCUGUUUUAAUUGUGGUGAAGUUUUCCGGACUAGAACUACGCUAUUUGACCAUCUACGAAGGCAACCAGAGAAUAACACAAAUAAAUUUCAAUGCGACCAGUGCUUUAAAUAUUUUGCCACGGAAAAAUUAUUGCGGUCACAUUUCCUUAAGCACGUAAAUUGCUAUAAGUGCAGCCUCUGUAAUAUGUCCUGUCCAUCUUCAAGCUCUUUAGCGAGGCAUAUACGUUAUCGUCAUCUUAAAGACAAGCCUUUUAAGUGCACUGAAUGUGAACAUCGUUGCGUUCGCAAAUGCGAUCUCGAAAAACAUAUGGAACAUAUUCACAGUAAUAAAGUUCAUCGCUGUCAGCAAGCUGGGUGCAAUUAUGCCGUUCGUACUUACAACUUGUUAAGAAGGCAUUGUUUGGAGGUUCAUGGAAACAGACCAUUCAUAUAUAUGUGUCAUUGCUGCGAUAAAUUGUUUAAACAUAGCAAAUAUUUGUCAGAGCACUUAAUAAAAAAGCAUGACUUCAAACUUCCUUCUGGACACAAAAGAUUUACAUACCGCAUAGACGAAAACGGCUUUUACCUGUUAGAGACAUUGCGAAUAGAAAGCCUCGAAGUAACUAAACAGAUUUUAUCGCCACAUCCGUUGGGAGCAUCCGAUGUAACUCAAGACAGCACUUGCUAUGAAAUAGUUUCUAUGACUAACGAACAAGAUCAGCGUAUAAUUGUUGCAAAUGAUGCGAAUGAAGCACGAUUGGUAGGUGAAGUUGUUAUAUCAUUACCAUUGCGAAACGAGAGAUGAUUAAAAAUAAGAAUAUGUACAGUCUCAUGCGAUAUCUCCGUGAAAUAAAAAUUAGUACAAAACUUAUAUAUUUAUUACCUUAUUCACAAAAAAUAGAGCUUUAUAAAGUGCCAUUUUCAUACAAAUAUUAAAUUUGUAAUAGGCGGCAUAUACGGGUCUGGCUUGCGAGUCGGUUUGGAUGUAUGUGCGUGUUAACUCGCCUUCGACUACACACACUUAAACCAUUCAGAGUCAUUCCAGGAGUUAUGUCGGUGUAACUACCCUGAAGGAAAGAUUGGUCCAAUCGCACGAAAAAUAUAGUCGUAGGUAUGGUAGUUUUGUAUCUAGACCAAAGAUAGUCCAAAAAUUUUAAGCAAUGUAAUGUAAAACAGGUGAAUUGUACUAAAAGUGGUCCGAAUGUAUUGCAUAAGGUAUGAGUUUUGUUCUAAAAUUGGUUACAAUGUCACGCAGUAGCGGACAAUGGGUAUGAUGAACGAUUUACUGAUAUGUGGGCACUUAGUCAACGAAUUUUCAUCUGCGGCGUUGCCAGUAUCCGCUUAGAAAAUCUGAGAGCCCCGGUUCGAAUCGCAGCACCCGCAAGUUUUAUUUU